CCAAAAUCCUCUUAAUAUUCCAAUUUUGACAAAUUUCGUCUUCUCCAAGUAACCCUUCCUUCGGUUCUCUACAGCCAAAAACCCUAUAGAUUGAUAUUAGCAUCAUUAUCAUCAUAUUCCCUAGAUUAAGAGCUCUGAGACUGAAAUACCCUAUCCUUAAAUGGCGUUAACGAACUUUAUACUAACGGUGGUCGGAGUGAGCGCGGCUAUAUUAUUGCUGAGGAGCGAUGUCAAACAGUCUGCAUCCAUCUUCAAGCGUAACGUCCGUCAAAUUCGCCAUUGGCUCGAGGAAGAGUCUUCCUCCGCCGCCAAGGAAUUGGAGAAGGCAAAAGCAAAGGAGAUACCUCACAAAGACAUUCCUAAGGAGGAUAAGCAUUAGAGUAUCUCAGGAAUCUUUAUAAUGAAAUAGAGAGGGCAGAACCAAAGGAGAUACCUAGAAGACAUUCACUAGCAGGACAAGAAUGAGACAUGCCUCAGGAAUCUUGAUAGUUUCAUAAUUUGCAGUUUCUCACCUGUGCUUCACCUUCUAUUCUGUAUAAAAUUCUUCACAGUUUGAUUUCUGAUAGUGGAUUUCUAUUCUAUUUUCUUAGCUACUCAA